AUGAAUGAGCUCUACCAGAUCCCCUACGAGUAUAGUAAGACAGGUGAUAUAACCAUUGGAGAGAUGACUACGCAAUUUGACUUCCUAUUUGACACAAUGUCCUUCUGUGAACACCCUCAAACCGCUGUUGUAAAUGAACUGAUGGCAAUGACAAAAAACUACCAGCAUGUCCUUUCACUGGUAUUUGCUGUGAAUCAGAUCAAUAAGAACCCAAAGAUCUUGCCGAAUAUCAGUCUUGGGUUCCACAUCUAUGACAAUUACUUGAGUGCAAGAAUGACAUAUCAAAACACCAUUAAGCUCCUAUCCAGUGAUAAUAUGAUUGUCCCUAAUUACAACUGUGAGAGACAAAAUAAUCUGAUAGCUGCCAUCGGGGGACACAACGCUGAAAUCUCUCUUCACAUGGCCAACAUCUUUGGCAUCUACAAAAUUCCACAGAUUGCAUACAGUAUAUUAGCUCCAGCAAGAAAUGUUAAAAUACAGCUCCCUUCCUUCUAUCGGAUGAUCCCAAAUGAAGCAAAUCAGUAUGCAGGAAUUGUCCAGUUGCUGCUUCAUUUCCAAUGGAUCUGGAUUGGAGUCAUUGCUUCAGAUGAUGAUAAAGGAGAACAGUUUCUGCAUACAUUGUUACCAAUGCUUACCCAACAUGGCAUCUGUACACCUGUCAUUGAGAAAACACUAACUCUAUCUGAUGUUUUAGAGAACCCAGAAACAUUAGAAACCCUCCAUGCUAUUACCUUUUCAAUAAUCAAUUCCAGUACCAAAGUAUUUGUUGUAAAUGCAGACCCUCAAACAAUUGCAUGCUUGAAAUGGCUGAUAUACCUUUACAAACAGUUAGAAGACAUCAUACAAGUAUCUAUAGGCAAGGUGUGGCUUAUGACAGCCCACUGGGAUUUCUCAUCAGAGACAUUUCACAGGGAUUUUGAUGUACAGGUCUUCCAUGGUGCCUUGUCUUCGGCAAUUCACUCAAAUGAAGUGUUGGGUUUUAGAGAAUUCCUGCAGCUCCUUCAUCCUAACUUGCCAAAAGGAGACGGGUUUAUCAGGAUAUUCUGGGAACAGGCAUUCAAUUGCCUGUUUUCUGAUUCAAAUGGAGACAGUGAGAACUCAAAUACUUGUACUGGUCAAGAGAAGCUGGAGAACCUCCAUGGGACUCAUUUUGAAAUGAGCAUGACUGGCCAAAGCUACAGCAUCUACAAUGCAGCCCAGGCCAUAGCAUAUGCUUUACAGCAGAUGUUGUCAUCUACAAUCAAACACAAUAGUGGUAGACUGGAUCCCCCAAAUUUUACUCCUUGGCAGCUUCAUUCUUUCUUGAGCAGCAUCUCAUUUAACAAUAGUGCUGGGGAUUUUGUGUCUUUUGAUGAGAACAGAGAACUGGCAGCUGAAUUUGAUAUUAUAAACUGGGUUACUUUCCCAAACAAAUCCUUCUUAAGAGUGAAUGUGGGAAGAAUGGAUUCAAAGGCCUUACUGGAACAAAGGUUCAGCAUCAAUGAGGAGGCCAUCACCUGGCACAGUUCAUUUAAUCAGGUAUUGCCCAUUGCUCUGUGUAAUGACAACUGUCAUCCAGGUUCCAGCAGAAAAAAGAAAGAAGGGGAGCCAUUUUGUUGCUAUGAUUGUGUUCCAUGUCCAGAUGGGAAGAUUUCAGAUCAAAAGGAUAUGAAUGAUUGUUUCCAGUGCCCGGAAGAUGAAUUUCCAAAUAAGAACAAAGACCAAUGUCUUCCCAAAGUCAUCAUCUUCCUCUCUUAUACAGAGCCUUUGGGGAUCACAUUAGCUUUUGUAGCUCUAUCUUUUGCACUAGUCACACUUUGGGUGCUAGGGAUUUUCAUCAAGAACCAGCACACUCCCAUUGUGAAAGCCAAUAAUCGGGACCUCACCUACUCUAUGCUCAUUUCCUUAUCAUUCUGCUUCCUCUGCUCUUUCUUAUUCAUUGGUCAACCUCACACAGUAACCUGUUGUUUACGACAAAUUGCUUUUGGCAUCAUCUUCUCAAUGGCUGUAUCUUGCAUAUUGGCAAAAACCAUCACAGUGGUUCUGGCUUUCAUGGCCACCAAGCCAGGAUCCAGGAUGAGGAAAUGGGUGGGGAAAAGUCUAGCAAAUUCUAUUCUUCUUAAUUGUUCCUUUAUUCAGGCUAUUACUUGUGCUGUAUGGCUAUGUACUGCUCCUCCAUUUCCUGAUUUUGAUAUGGAUUCUCUGACUGAAGAAAUCAUCCUGGAAUGCAAUGAAGGUUCAGAAACGAUGUUUUAUUGUGUUUUGGGCUACCUGGGAUUUCUGGCCAUUGUCAGCUUCACAGUGGCUUUUCUAGCAAGGAAGUUGCCAGAUAGUUUCAAUGAAGCCAAGUUCAUCACUUUCAGCAUGUUGGUGUUUUGCAGUGUUUGGUUGUCUUUUAUUCCAUCUUACCUGAGUACCAAGGGAAAAUACAUGGUUGCUGUGGAGAUCUUCUCCAUUUUGGCCUCUAGUUUUGGAUUACUAGGUUGUAUCUUUUUUCCGAAAUGCUACAUAAUUAUCCUAAAGCCUGGAUUGAACAACAAGGACCAGCUAAUAAAGAGAAAUAACAUGUAA